GCUAUUUGACACCAGGCUUUGAGGGUGUGACCUUGAAACGCGGUGACCUGGUGAACAUGGUGCUCCAGACCGAGGCUAUUCACCCUUUGUUGCAAGUGCAGGCCCAGGUGGAGAUCGACCGUAUGAACCCGAUGUCUUACGCUGAAGCUGAGCGUGACCAUGGUUCUUGGGAUGGUCGUUGGAGCCUCCCUUCGAGUUCGCAGCACCGGCUUUUGCAGAAUCUUGGCGCUCCUCUCCCCACUGGGGUUCCGCGUGAGUUUCAGGAGUGCUCUGCUGCUUUGGCGCGCAAGGAGUACAAGUGGAACCAAAUGGGUCCAAAGGACAAGGAGCUCUGGGGCAAAGCUGCGGAGAAGGGCUGGAGUGCCUACGUGGACAACUCGGCGGUGGAAAUUCUGUCGUUGAAAGAGUCCCAGGCCGUGCGCAAACGGCUGGCCCAGGCCGGCGAGCUCGACAAGAUCAUGGUACCCCGUUUCGUCCUUACCGACAAGGCGGAUGGGGUGAGGACAGCUGAGAAUCCCGUGCCGCCGCAGCCCUCUGCGAGACUUAUCGUUCCGGGAUUCCAGGAUCGUGCCAACCUGCAAGGCGAACUCCGCCGUGAUAGCCCUACUGGAUCGAGGUUGUCUCAGCACUUGUUGCUUUGCCUUACGGCUUGGUUUGGGACCACUUGGUCCCUGCUGUCUUGUGACGUCAAGAGCGCGUUCCUUAAAGGAGAUCCCUUCGUGUCCAGAGAAUUGUAUAUUUCAGGAACCAACCCCAAGACGUCGCCGAGCAUUCCUCUGCCCGAGGGUUGUUUGGCAAAGGUGCUGAAGGGCAUCUUUGGCCUGGCCGACGCUCCUCGACAAUGGUGGCUUCGCCUGGCUCGUGCCUUGGAGGACCGCGGCUGGGAACGCAGUACCAUGGACCAAGCAACUUGGUUCAAAUGGGGCCCAGGGCGGAAGCAGCUGGAGGGGAUGAUUGUUUCCCAUGUGGACGAUCUCUUGUUCGGUGGCUCUGCUGCAGCGGAAGCUUCCUUGAUGGAUGUGGGAACUGAGCUGGGCUUCCGCGAAGUGCAGCGGGAUGAUUUCGUGUGGUGCGGCAAGCGCUUCACCCGGCGCAGCGACGGGAUCAUUACCCUCUCCAUGCAGGAGUACCACGAGAACCUCAAGGAGAUCCACCUCCCCAAGCACCGACGAGGCUCUCUGACGGCGGAGCUCAACCCUUUUGAGCACAAGCAGCUUCGAGCCUUGCUCGGCUCCUUUCAGUGGCUGGUGGCGCAACUUCGUUUUGACUUGGCCUUUCAGGUGUCCUCGCUGCAAGGAGAGAAACCUUGCAUUGGCACGCUGCUUCGUGCGAACUUGCUGUGCCGUGAGUUCAAGUCGAACCCGAAGUUUGAGCUGAAGUUCCGUCCUGUGGACCCCUUCGCUGGUGGGCUGAUGGUGGUGACGGACUCCUCGUUGGGCAAUGUGACGAGCUCUGGCAGUGGUGAAGCAGCUCCGCUGGAAAAGGUCUACAGCCAAGCCUGCUACUACGUGCUCCUCGCAGACCCCUCGCUGAUGGCCGGUGAGGUUGGAGCUUUCAACGUCUUGGACAUGAGGAGCCAUCGGAUUCCUCGUGUUUGCCGCUCGAGCUAUGCGGCAGAGACGCUUGGAACGGAGGAAGCCUUUGACGUGGGGCAAUUGUGCCGGGGGUUCCUAGCAAUGGCCAGGGGCCUCCCGAUGCAUGGCACGACCGUGGACCCAAGCUUGAACAGCGUCCCCCUGACGGUGGUCGUCGACGCCAAGGACGUGCAUGACAAGGGGAACAGCGACACUUCUUCUUUUGGUUCCCAAAAGAGCUUGGCCUUCACGGUGGCGUGGCUUCGAGCUGUUCUUCGGCGUCCCAAUACGCGGCUUCGGUGGACGUCGACGGCCAACAUGUUCGUCGACGCCGGGACCAAAGACAUGGAUUUGACCCACCUCCGGUCCAUCCUUGAUGCCGGGAAGUGGUCGGUGACCUACAGCCCGACCUUUGUGAAGCAGGUGGUGAAGGCUAAGCAGACGAAGGUGGCUCCGCGAGCGACCCUGCCACUGCCUGGAACCGCUGUGGAUGGGAAUGAUCCUGUCAUGGGCUACCUUUCCAAGCUCUGCGAGCAGAAAGGGUGGCACCAUUUGGACCAGAUGGGCGUUAAUGUAGCUUUUGGCGCCCGCAGCUUUCGAACUCCUGAGCCGCGCUUCUCUGCUAGUGAGUACCCGUACAGAACCACUUUUGGGCGUGUUGAACAGCCUCCAGGUUGCUACCAGUGGCGACGGCUCUCGACUGACGAAGCCUACACAGCUCUACCGAAUCAGCAUGGCCUACUCUCGGAGAGAUUCGGCGUGCUGGUUACGUUCUUCAAGAAGCAAGCUGGCUGA